AUGAGGCUCUCAAUCGUCUGGGCUCUGAUCUGGGCGGCCGCCCAGGCUGCAGCUCUUGCGGUCCCAGUUCACGAUGUUGGAGGGCUAAAAAUCAUCGAGCACCCCGAUCCCGAGAAGCGGCAGCUUCUACAGAAUAUCGUGACAUGGGAUAAUACGUCCUUGUUCAUCCGAGGAGAGAGGAUCAUGAUAUUCAGUGGUGAAUUUCAUCCUUUUCGUCUUCCGGUACCGGCCCUGUGGGUGGACAUUUUCCAGAAAGUGAAAGCUCUCGGGUUCAAUUGUGUUUCGUACUAUCUCGAUUGGUCUCUGCUGGAGGGCAAGCCAGGCGAUUUCUCGGCCGAGGGCGUCCUCGCACUUCAACCAUUCUAUGAUGCUGCCACUGCCGCGGGGGUCUAUCUCAUCGCCAGGCCAGGUCCUUAUAUCAACGCAGAGGCAUCAGGUGGCGGAUUUCCAGGCUGGCUUGCGAGGCUGCGUGGCCGACUUAGGACGACUGAUCCAGAUUACAUUGCAGCCACACAGAACUACGUCCAGAACGUUGCGAGCUCCAUUGCGAGGGCCCAGAUCACGAAUGGCGGGCCAGUCAUCCUGUAUCAACCGGAGAACGAGUACACAGGCGCAUGCUGUGAGGUCGAGUUUCCAAACGGACAAUACAUGCAGGGCGUGAUAGACCAAGCUCGUUCUGCUGGUGUGGUGGUGCCCAUGAUCAGCAACGACGCGAAUGCUGCUGGGCACAAUGCUCCAGGCACCGGUGUUGGCCAGGUGGAUAUUUACGGGCACGAUAACUAUCCUCUCGGGUUCGACUGCUCGCAUCCUACUGUGUGGCCUGAUGCGGGCCUUCCUACGACCUAUUGGCAAAGACAUCUCAACAACAGUCCUUCGACUCCUUACAGCAUCAAUGAAUUCCAGGGAGGCUCCUUUGACCCCUGGGGCGGGCCGGGGUUUCCCAAAUGUGAGGUUUUGGUCAACUACGAGUUUGUUCGGGUCUUUUACAAGAACGUUCUUGCAGCGGCGGCAAAGAUCUUCAAUCUGUACAUGAUAUUUGGUGGUACGAACUGGGGCAACCUUGGCCACCCAGGAGGCUACACCUCUUACGACUACGCAGCUGCGAUAUCGGAAAACAGGCAAGUUGACAGGCAGAAAUACUCCGAGAUAAAGCUGUUGGCCAACUUUGUCAAAGUAUCCCCGGCCUAUUUGACCGCAACUCCACAGGAAAUCAAUACAACCGCCAUUUUCACCGAUACGUCUGAUCUCAAAGUCACAUCUGUCGCGACCAAUGGGAGCAUACCCACCUUCUACACCGUCAGGCACUACAACUACUCCACCCUAAGCUCAACCUCGUAUAGGCUGUUGCUGCCGACGAGCUCUGGUAACUUGACCAUUCCUCAGCUGGGUGGCUCAUUGACACUCAGUGGUCGAGAUUCAAAGAUACAUGCUGCCGACUAUGAUCUUGGUGGCACAAACUUGCUGUACACCACUGCGGAAAUAUUGACCUGGAAGGUUUUCGGCGAACGUACCGUUCUCCUAGUAUAUGGAGGCGAAGGGGAGCACCAUGAGCUUGCUGUAACAACGUCGGCUGCACCCUCAGUCAUCGAAGGCGAGGCCGCCAGUGUCACGACCAAACAAACCGGAUCUACCGCCAUUAUCGCAUGGGACACUUCCUCGACUCGGCUUGUUGUGCAAGUUGGACAGUGCGAAAUCUAUUUGUUAGAUAAAGCCUCCGCUUACGAUUACUGGGUGCCCGAAGUAUCCGACGGCGAAUCCAACAGCCCCUUCACGACGACCGAGUCUAUCAGCACGUCCAUUAUCGUCAAGGCAGGCUACCUGGUUCGGCAAGCCUAUGUGCAAAGCAGCGAGCUUCACUUGACUGGUGAUUUCAACGACACUACAACCAUCGAGGUCAUUGGGGUCCCCGAGUCAUCGAAAGCUUUGUACAUUAAUGGUGAGCCCGUUCAGUACAGCGUGAACGCGCGAGGCGACUGGUCCACGCGUAUUACUUACCAGGAGCCGACAAUUACUAUCCCCGAUCUAGGGAGCUUGGCAUGGAAGUAUGCCGACAGUCUCCCUGAGAUUCAGCCUGGCUACGACGAUUCUGGCUGGACAUCUGCCAAUCUCCGGUACAGCAACAACACGGUCAGGAACUUGACGACCCCCACGUCUCUCUAUUCUUCGGAUUACGGCUAUCAUACGGGCUCUCUCAUCUAUCGAGGGCACUUCACCGCCAAGGACACGACCGCCAACUUCUCGAUUAACACUCAAGGUGGUUGGGCUUUCGGGCAUUCGACCUGGCUUGAUCAGAGUUUCCUGGGCUCGUAUGCGGGCGUCAGCACCCAGAACAACACCAACGCUACUUAUACGUUGUCCGGUCUCCGGGUGGGCGCCAAGCACAACAUCACGGUCCUGAUCGACCACAUGGGUAUGGAGGAGUCCGGGACAGUCGGGGCCGACAAAAUGAAGACACCACGCGGAAUCCUCGACUAUGCUCUUACCGGGUACGAUAAAUCCGCCGUUACAUGGAAACUGACAGGAAACCUCGGCGGCGAGGACUACGUUGAUCGAAGCCGCGGUCCGUUGAACGAAGGCGCCCUGUACGCUGAACGACAAGGGUGGCAUCUUCCUUCCCCACCAAGCCAGUCAUGGGAAUCUCGCUCUCCCAUGCGUCCCGACGGAAUCACAGAGCCUGGGGUGGGCUUCUUCAGCACAUCCUUCGACCUCAACGUUCCCACGGGCUGGGACGUGCCCAUGUCGUUCGUCUUUGGGAACGACACCACACCUCCCGUGCCGUACAGGGCGCAGCUGUUCGUCAAUGGCUUUCAGUUCGGCAAGUACAUCAAUCACAUUGGGCCUCAGACACGAUAUCCCGUGCCGCAGGGGAUUCUGAAUUAUUACGGGACUAACUGGUUGGCCUUGACUUUGUGGGCUCAUGAGAGUGGCGGAGCUGGGCUGAGUGGUUUUGAGUUGGUAUAUGACCGUCCCAUCGCGACGGCGUUGAGGGACAUUGCUUUCGUGGGAGGUCAGGCAUAUGCUCCUCGACCAGGAGCAUACUGA